AUGGUCUCCGGCGGCAAUGACGACAAUAUACCAGCGGUAGUUUCGCUCGCAGCCGGUGGUAUUGCUGGCGGUGUCGAAGGCUUUCUCUCGUAUCCGCUCGAAUUCGCAAAGACAAGAGUGCAGUUGAGGGCUGAGAAGGGGGUGCCGACGCCCAGGAACCCGUUUUUGGUCAUUACACAGAUAUAUCGGAAUGAGGGUAUAAGGGCGCUGUACAAGGGGUGUGGAGCGCUGGUGUUUGGCUCCGUCGGAAAAGAUGGCGUCCGCUUCCUCUUCUUCGACCAAAUCAAGGCAUCCUUCGCGGAUCCGGAAACCGGUAAUCUUUCUCCCGUGCGCAACCUCCUCGCCGGCAUGGCCGCCGGCGUUGUCGCAUCCAUAACCGCAGUGACACCAACGGAGCGCAUCAAAACCGCCCUGAUAGACGACGCCAGGACCGAAAAGCGCUUCCGCUCCGGUCUGCAUGCCACCGCGACCAUCUGGAAAGAGCACGGAAUUCUAGGUCUCUACCGCGGAUUCGCUGGUACCACGCUCAAACAGGCCUCCGCGACGGCGUUCCGACUAGGGACGUAUAACAUCCUCAAAGACUACGAGAAAAAGAAAAACAUCGAGCAAAAUACUGCUGUCAACUUUGCAAACGGCUCCGUAGCCGGUGUCGUGACUACGCUUUCCACACAGCCCUUUGACGUCAUCAAGACGCGGUCGCAGAGCGCAAAGGGAACGAGUACCGCCGAAGCCGUCAAGAGCGUUCUCCUCGACUAUGGCGUCCGUGGAUUCUGGAAGGGCACAACGAUGAGGCUCGGUCGAACUGUGUUUAGCGGCGGAAUAUUAUUCACAAGCUACGAAGCCGCCGUCAAAAUCAUUCUGCCGUUGUAUCCCGGCGCACGACAAGUCCAGACUGCAUAA